GUAUUCUCUGAUUGGUGUCACGUCAAAAUUGUACGAAGACAUAAACUGGAGUUGUUUGGGAUUUUCUUAUUCUUCCAGAAUGUCAGGUGUCGAAAAACGUUACGAAAUAAGUGACCGUAACCUCGACAUUAACCUCGUGAAAAAGAGCAACGAUAUUGAUCCAUAUGAUGAUGAGCCAGACUUAUUAAGAGCGUUAUUAUCCUGUGGGCAUGUCACUGGUCCGCAAACACUCACAGACUACUGUAGAAUACAGCUGGCCGAGGGAAAAGCGGAUCUGAGGUGCCCUUUGUGUCAUGAACAAUGGUCUUACACUGAAGUCCGUAAUCUAGCCAAACUUACACUUGAAGAGCAACAAUACUUUGAGGAAACACUUGCCAACAACGCUACAAGAAAGAUAGUAGACAUCAAGAAUUGUCCUGGUUGUAACUGGUUCAUCGAGAGAUCCGACUCCUCUAAUAUCUGUGUCAAAUGCACAGUGUGUUCUGCUAAAAAUGGGAAAACCUUUGAGUUCUGCUGGCAAUGUCAGAAAGAAUGGAAAGGACACCGUCCUCGCUCUGAUCGAUGUGACAAUGACGGAUGCAGCAACAAAGAUCUGGAUUUACUGAGAGAUUGUGCAAAUAUAAUUUUAAAAGGUGCUGGAAAUAUUGAAUGUCCAGCUGUUCGUGCAUGUCCAACAUGUGGCAUAAUGAUUACACACAACACAGAGAAAUGUAAAAACAUUGUAUGUCCUAGAUGCAAUAAAGAAUUUUGUUUUGUCUGUCUGAAGCUCACACCUGACUGUUGUAAAGCAGGUGGUUGGUAUAUUCUCUGUUCAGAUGGUGUGGCACCACGGCAGACAUCAACUCCAUUUUGGAAAGUCAACUAAUAAAUUAUAAACACAUAUGGGACAACUGUGUUGAACAAUAUUUACCACGCAUACAGUAUGCAUUACAAGGACCACUGCAUUUAAACCUAAAAGACUAUCACUAAAAGGAUUAAAUAUUAUUUAAUCAGUGCUUAACCAUUUGCAGAUUGUGUGUUCUGUGUUUGAGUGUCUCCUUGUUAUUUUUUCAUAUAUGCAUUUCUACAUGUAGGAACCACAUACAUGCAUUUACAUUUGGUCUGUGCUUUGUGUGAACAAAAUUAAAUAAAGCUAAAUAAAAUAUGUAUUGAAAAUGCAUUGACUUCAUUGUAAAUGUAUGUAGUUUGGUUGAAAAAUGUCUGAAUCAAAGACUAGUGUGAAAACAACAAACUCUCAAGCUGAUUAUAUAAUUUGAAAUGGAAAAAUAAAGUGUUAAAAAUGCAAAAUUGAGCAAUUUCACAAGUGGGAUCAAUCUUUUGAAAUGCAUAAGCAAAGCUAGGGUCUUGAUGGAGCCCUCUGCCAAACCCCACCCACACAAAGUCUCUAAGAAUGACCAUAUAAAUUCCUAUUCUUACAUUCUUUUUAUUUGCUUGGUAUUGCCAUGGUAUAUUGUAUGUCUCAAUGCGGUUUUUUAUAAAUAUUUUGUGAACAAUUUGUUAG